CAGUGACUUCUGUUCCAACAUUUUGAAAGAUCUAGAUCUAGCUUUUAGUCUUUUCUUGAGGCUACUUAAUUAGCGAAACGGGAAUUCGAUCAAACUUUUCUGAAGAUAACAUCAUCAUCUCUAGCUUGUGUGUUUACGUUCUACAACUCUUCUGAUCUAGACAGAUGGACAACGCACAGACAUCCCCCACAGACGCUGAUGUGACGAGGAAUGUGGGGGAAAUAAGUUUGAACGACAUAAGAGACGCCUUCACCAGUAUUCUAGGGCUUGAGCUGACCCACAAGACUGUAUUCAUUGUUGUUUGCGCAUGUCUGCUUACUGGCCUGACCCUGCAAACGGGAACUAGCUACACCUCGACAGCAGACGUCUUUGUUUACUGCACAGUGUACAGCUCCUGGGUGACUUUGUGCCUGCCCUGGUUGGUCCAGAACAUGGAUGGCAAGAUGAUCAAGCUUGUAGCCAGUAUUUUUUUAAGGCUGUUUGGUGCCGAUAUUGGCGUGUUGACUUGGAAGGCGAUACGAGGACAGAGCCACAUCUUUCACCGUGGACUCAGAAUGAGGCCUCUGUUUGAGCCAUCCAUGUCUUGGCUGUCCGAAGCUGGAUACAACCUCAGAUACGGAGUUGUGAUUGCCGCUCUCGUUGCUUCAGGGAUGUCCUUUUCCAUCACGAUCUACCGGAAGUACUUUCGACCCAGCCCCCGGGUGGCCACCAAGUACAGCAACACGGACCUGGACUACGAGGAGAGCCUGGCCUCCAAGACUGAGACCGGCCCUAACGGACCCACAAAGAGAGAUGGAUCCAUCCAGGAAGGAUCGGCGUCUAGGAAUCUAGUCGCUCUAGGCCCGUCCCCUGCGCUGCAUAGGCGGAGCAUUGUGAAGGAAUGCGCCUCGAUGCUUGUAGUGAGGCCUACUUCAGAACCUCCCAUGCCAACUGGUGCUUUCGAGAAGAGUAUAAUGAAACAGGGUAUGGGAGAUCGUGUUCCUUAUGUUGACACCAUGGGCGAAGCUGGCAGACAAAUGUCUGAUUUCUCAUGUAUGCCUGGUAUUCGAUGUGCCCCUUUAGCCAUAGGCGCAGCCAAUCAGGGCAGGCCUCAUCAACUUUACGGGACAGUACAAACGCAAGAUGUUCGUGACGAUCAAUUCGCGCUCAUUCAACCGGAAGCUAUUUCUGACGUCUACACAGCUACACACUUUUUAAAGGGAGAGGGCUACUCGAAAGGUCAGGUCGAAGGUCACGGCACGGACUAUGUAGAGAGCUGUUCCAAAGGUCCGGUCGGACGUCACAACACGAAUUAUGUUCAGGACGCUGAAUCAAGCAGCAGAAACAACUUAACUUGGGGAAGACAGUUUAACCUUGGAUCAGGUGUUUCCCGAUUACCCGAGAGUGGGCCGAGAACGAAUCAUCAAAACAUCGGAGUAUUGAGAGACGCGGCUGGAUUCACUCCUCAGCCUUGCUUCGCGACCCUACCAUUCAGAAACUCAACAGCCCCCAUGACAACAAACUCAUAUCGAGUCGGCAGCUCGGCGAUGUCAGAGCGGCCCGACAAAACUUACCCCUCUGAAAUGUGUGGAGACGGCAGGGUUGCAAUAGAUACAAGCCAAAGGAUCUCGCAAAAUCUACAGGGGGCGAAACGAAGAUUACAAACUCUAACGGAAACUCUUGUGAACGAUCAAUACGUUGACUCCAGUGCCUGGAAAUGAAGUGUCGCUACUUAGCAGUAAGGGUAGAGGGUGGCGGAAUCUACAACGCCAGUUAUCUUAUUACCCUUGUCCCCCUAAAAAAAAAAAAAACGCCCCUGAAUAUAUCAUAUUGCUUGAACAUUUUGACUCAAAGGCUUUAUUAGUAACUAAAAAGAAAUAGGUGUAUGGAUUAUUAAAAGAAUUCAAAAUCUCAACCGGGGCAAAGAAAAGAAAAAAAUGUUCGUUUCGAUAACCCAAUGAUGUCCAAAUUACGGCCCGCGGGUCAACUUCUGCCCGUUACGCGCUGCUAGUCAACUGUUAGUAUUUUGGGUGUGGCAUGUGGGCUAGUGAGGACGUAAAAGUAGGCCUACUAUAAGUUUGAAAUGUUCGUCACGGUUUUGGUAAAUUAAUUUAUGAUUAUGAAUUCGAUAUUUAUAUUUAGUUCUUGUUUUGCCAUAAUUGUUCUGUUUGUACCAGGUCUUCACAUAUAUUGCUGUAGUUAAAUCAAAGUUAUCUACUUAUCGUUGAAGGGGAAAACUACAAUGAAAUAUGAUGUCAUUUAUCCGCAGACUAAAAAUAAAUCUUUUAAAGGGAGAUAAUACUAAUACGUAAGGAAAACAAAUGCUGAGGCUCCUACGAAACAGCUCACUAUGAAGUAAAAUGUGUACCGAAUUGUACACACUAUAAUGAAUAGAAAAAUUUUACAUCUUCUGGUGCGACACAAGAGGUUUGGAGAAAUUAACUUUUGUGCCAGGUUGUACAAUGAGAAACUUUUAAUACUACUGGCUAGUACGUUAUUGUCACUGACAUAGAUUUUAGGACAUCUGCUGAUAGUUCAUCUUACUAUCAGGGCCGGUCUUAGGCCACUGCAACCUAUGCGACCGCAGUGGGGCCCGCGUUUUCAUAGGCCCCGCUGUAAUUCUAGGUGUAAUUAUUAAAUUGCACUAAUAUAUACGAAAGUCAUGGAAAUCUCCUGAAUUUAUUAAAAUCUCCUGAAAACUCAUAACAAUCUCCUGAAAAAUAAUCGAAAUAGUCAUUUGUGGGUGUCAUUCAUUACGGAAAACGCUAAUCCUACGUGCGAUAAAAGAAAAAAAGGCAUUGUCAGCUUUCAUGUAAUAAAAUGUAAUAAUCGGGCGGUCGAAUUUUCACCUUCACCGGAAGUUAUAAUUCUUUAUUUACUUUUAAAGCCACAGGCAUAUAAAUAUGCCAUAGGUUGCACGGUUCGUAAAUUAAAGUUAAUUAGAUCGCAAUUUUGUUCUUAGUAAAGAAUAAAUUAAAUUCAAAGUAAUUUUUUUUUCUAAUACAAAAUCUUAAUUUUCACUUAUUAUCCUUAUUCUCACCCAGUUUCGCGUAGGGCCCCGCAAUUGUUAGGACUGGCCCUGCUUACUAUUUUCAGAUUAUGCAUAUUUGAUAACGUUAAAAAUAAACACGAAAUUACAGUCCUGACAUUAAUUCAUGCGAUACUUCAGAAAACGAAUAUAUACUAAUGAGCUAAGUUUGGAUUCUUCAAUGAAAUGAAGAGAUAAAGUUAAAUUUUACCAAGUUAAACCUUUUUUUUUUUUUUUUUUAUAUAAUUUAUUCCCAUUUACCCUUUAUGAACAAUAUACGACCGUGCAGCCCAUCCCCAAUCAACGUUACGCCUCUGUAAUCUUGUAAUUAGAUUUAGUCCUAGUCCUCAGCUUGCAUCGAAGAUUCACAAAAUAUUGAAUUAGAGGAUUUCACUUAUUUUCAAUAUCAAUUUUGGUUGAAUUAAAUAUUUAAAUUUCUUUUGAAAAAAAAAAAAAAAGUCAUUUUUACUGAUUUG